AUGCAAGGCUUCACAAAGAGUGUCUCUGCAACUCAUCAGGCUUCUCCGUCAUGCUCAAUGCAAUUAUACUAUGGGCCGACAUCUCACUUUUCUCUAAUGCAACACAUCUAUAGGGAUCUCGUGUCGCAUCCAACCGCCCAGCAUGAAUCGUCUGAAGGAGUUGUCGAAGCCUCAGCAGGCUUGGAUCUGUUCUCUUUUCGUCGCAUUUUCUUCGGAACACCCGAUUCGUAUGAUAACAUCAAGUCUAAUGGGCCACAAGAUGUUCCUGUGAUGUUCCUACCCUAUGACCUGGCCAAGUUGUUCAUGUCAAGAUAUCUGUCAUCUCUUUACCAUAUGAUACCACAUCGCCCCAAAGCAUGGUAUGAGCAGUGUCUCGACCGAUUAUAUCAUUCUUCCCCCACGAACCCUUUGGAUACCCUCACACAGGCGAUCAUCUUGCUCGCCAUGGCGUCUACUAGGAAGGCUCUGGCAGCUGGGAUGCACAAGGAUGUUCCUGACGACAUUGACCAAUCUCCGGCAAAUCUUGAAGAACGGAGAGUCACAUUCUGGUCUCUUUACGCUUACGAAACUUGGUUUUGCUUUCAUGCAGGUCGUCCGUCAUCUCUGUCACUGAAGGAUGUCGCGAUUGACAUGGCACAAAAUCCCUUCAUUCGAUUAUUGGCAGAGCUUUGUAAAACCAUCACUCGCUCCUCCGAUCAGAUCUAUGGCCAGCGACAUGAAUCUUUGUUGCAUAUGUGGAAGGUGGCACGAAGCAUAGCAGAUGACCUCCGUGGUCACGAAGCUCACAUGAGACAAGCUUUGGGCAUUGGUCUUGAUUCUGGUAUCCAAACUGGAUCUCUCGGGGUUCAACAAACUAUAUUCACCACCUUAUACUAUCAUACCAUGCUUCUUACAUUCCGGCCAUUUUUGAUAUUCCGUGGUCAUUGGCGGCGUGACCUGAAAAUGUCACUCAACAGAUCCAAGGAGAUUACUGCAAAUCGCCCAACAGAAACGCCAUCUUGGCUCAACGAAGCUUGUAACCAUGCUACCACUGCUGCCCAGAAAACCCUUCAUCAUCUUUGCGAAGCUUCCAGGCUCAAUGACUUGGUUCUGCAACUUCGCUACCACGGCUAUUUUAUGGGAAGCUCUACUUUCACCCUCAUCUACGAGUUUAUUCAUAACCCGAACGUCACAUCGACAUACCUCCCAUGGGUAUACGCUGCAAUGCAGAAUCUUUCCUCGAUGCGCGCAGGGGAUCCUAUCAUAAGCACAAUAUCAGCCCUGCAGACCGUACUUUGCAAGAUCAAUCCAUCAUACGGAUGGUCUCCGUAUGAGUCUAUCGUUGGAGGACAACUCGCGCAGCCAGAAUUGACAACAGCUACGCAACAAGGACUUCCCCAGGAUCGCACUACCAGUUCAAUCUUGAAUGAUGCUACCAUGUCUCAAAAUCCAUCCUUCGGAUAUCGCCCAGAUAUGCCAGUAUCACCUUGGAAUCUCCCACAGCUUGAAAUUCCAGAAACCGGAGGAUCUGUUGGUUCUGGAGAAGAGUUGCUUGAUUUUACUCAGGCUGACAUGGGCUGGGACUUUGACUUUUCCACUAUGGAUCUGGAAGCGUUCUUUUCUGUAUAUCAGUCCAAUGACGCACCGACAUUUUAA